UCCUAAUCCUCCCCUCAGCCAUUGCCGAAGCGGGAGCGUGUUUUUGUUUUGCUUUUGUAAACGUUCGUCUGUGGCAUUCAAAUUUGAAUGAAACCGAAGCCACAGAUGUUAUUUUAAGUUUUUGGGUUUUAUUCUCUACCAGUCAUUGCAUCUUAGUGUUUCACAAAUGGCUCCUUAUCCUGUGCUAAGGGGGCUCUAUGAGCUUGAUAAAACUAUUGGUUGUGGUGGAUUUGCUAAAGUUAAAUUGGCGACUCACAUUUUAACUGGAGAGAAAGUGGCUAUAAAAAUAAUGGAAAAGCGAAGUUUAGGGGAAAAUUUGCACAGAGUGCGUGUCGAGUUGGAUGCCUUACAGUCUUUAUCACACAGACACAUUAGUCAACUUUAUCAAGUUCUUGAAACAGAAUCCCACUUUUUCCUUGUGGUGGAGUAUUGUUCAGGAGGAGAGCUGUUUGAUCAUAUAGUUGAAAAAAAUCGCUUAAGUGAGAAAGAGGCAAGAGCAGCAUUUCGACAAAUACUGUCUGCUGUUGCAUACUUGCAUAGUCUUGGAUUUGUUCACAGAGAUUUAAAGCCAGAAAAUGUGCUGCUUGACAAGGAUUUAAAUAUGAAGCUUAUUGACUUUGGCCUUUGUGCAAAACCAAGUGGAGGUCUUACUGGUUUCUUAUACACUUCUUGUGGCUCUCCAACAUAUGCUGCACCUGAGCUUGUCUUGGGUAAAAAAUAUUUAGGACAUGAAGUUGAUGUUUGGAGUAUGGGAGUUUUGCUGUACGCACUUUUAUGUGGUUUUCUUCCAUUUGAUGAUGAUAAAAUAGACACUCUAUAUAAAAAAAUUCUGGAAGGAAAAUAUGAAGAACCAGCAUGGCUUACUGCUGAAAGUAGGCGUCUGAUUAGAUCUAUGCUUCAAACCGAUCCCAAAAAGAGAGUUCGAGUUGACGAGUUGUUAAGUCAUCCGUGGGUAAUGAGAGGGUUUAGAGAACCUAUUCCACUCAAUAAUUCUUGUAAUAUGAAGGAACAUGAUAGUCAGUGUGUAAAUAUUUUAGCACGGCAUAAAAAUAUUACUCCUGAAGAAAUGUGGGAACUGCUGAGCAAAUGGAAAUAUGAUUACAAUACAGCUACAUAUUUUCUCAUGUUAAAUCGGAAAAGGAGAGGACUUCCUGUCCGAAUUUUUGGACCUGGUGCUACACCUUUCAGAAAUUAUAGGAAUAAUAUGCCCCUCACUACUACUGUUGAUUCUCAAAAAGUGGAGAGAGGACAAGAAUCAGAUAGCUCAAAGAACUAUUUGACUCCUAUUAAAAGACCCAUUGUUGAUGACACAACUCCAAUUGUCCCUGAUAAACGAGAAAGAACUGCUUUGACACCAGUUAAUGAAGAAUGGUCUGCAGUAGUCACAAAUGCAUCUCAUGCACCUGUGACCCGACAUCAGAAAAAUGUUUACCAGGUUUGCAAAACCCCAGCAAAGCCACCAGAGCCACCAAGUAGUGCCUCCAACGGGAAGAAAAGGCUUACGAAAAGACUCCACAGUCCAGGACCUGAUGAGUCACCAUCAUCACCUCGCCGCACUCGGAGGGAGGCGCCUCCACCGCCCGAGCCCGCGAGCAGGGCCGCCACGCCUGCGCCCUGCACGCCCACGCCAGACAGGGGCGAGCCCACGCCGGCGCGCGGCCUGCGGGGCUCCAUCGAGCGCUCGCUGCACCGCGUCAGGCACAUCCUCACCCCGAGGCGCAAGCUGGACGGCACGCUGGCGGACGGCGUCAGCCCGCUCGCGCCGCGCCCCGCCACGCCCGCCGUCCUGUCGGCCAAGGGGCUUUGCAACGUGUCCACGGCUAGUCACAGCGACCCCGAUGAGGUGCUGCAGGAGCUCCUCCAGGCGCUGGCGAGCAAGGGCAUCACCUGCAAACAGAAAGGGUUUACAUUGCGUGGCAAAGUGGACGCCGAGAAGGGUCACCAACUCUCCUUUGAGCUCGAGGUUUGCCUCAUUCAGACCUGCUCGCAAACCGUUCGCAACCCUCCCCCGCCCGUCGUUGGCAUCAGACGUAAGAGGCUGAAGGGAGACGCCUGGUGCUACAAGCGCGUCUGCGAGGAAGUGCUGGCACUCGCUCAGCAACAACGCAAGAUUUGAAUUGUAUCGUGUAAAAGUACAUUGGGCUGUCACACCUGGCAGAAAUGUAUUUGUACUACCUCAUAGUAUUUACAAGAUCUCUUUUCCACUCGGCGUGGAAAAGGUUCUGUUUUCGUGAAAAUCUAAGGCACAAACCUUUGGUGCCUUAGUUCUGUCCUUUGAAGUCUGAUCUGCCAUUGUUUAGUCGGUGAAACUCAUAAUUUUUUACAAGUUGACAUUAAAGUGACAUUAUAGAUAAUUUUGAUGGGGAGGCUCUCUCCGCAUUAUUAUAAAACCACCGUAUGAAUGACUAUUUAUUUAAGUUCAUGUUUGGUGUCAAAAAUGCUUUUAUAUAUAAUCGAUCACUCGAACUUUGGUCUUUCUUUUGGUCCCCUAUUACUUUGAUGGAAUUUUUCUAUGUUCGUUUUCAUUCUUGUGUCAAUUCUAUCAUCAUAUUUUAUAUAAAUAUGUUGACAAGAACCAUAUGUUGAACUUGAAAAUUGUUUCAUCAGAAUGCGGCUUUUUCCAUUACUGUAGGGGUUUUCUUCGUAUUUUAUUCGUGUAACAUAUGUAUGUAGAAUGUUUAGUUACUUUCCCUUGGUGGCUUAGACAUAUUCAAUUUUAUUCCUCUUUGUUUUACCAAUGCAAGUUAUCAUCUUGUGUUCUCAUGUACCCAUCUUAUGAAAACACUGUGAUUCAAAAAAGUGCCUUUUAUCAUUUUGAUAUUUUGUAAAAAUUUCAUUAAAGUUGAUAUAUGUAUAUUUUUAAUCUA